GGAAUCCCGUGAAAGUGUUGUAGAUGUUCACCAAAGAUAAAAGAAGAAAUGGAUUUAACAGGACCAGUAGUGAGAUUUCCACCAAGCGGAAAGAUCCCAGGAGGAGGAGUCACACCACACCCCAGGGACCACACGGGGAAGCGCCAGCGUCCCUCAGGCAGCAGAGGGAGCAAGAGAAAAGCAUGGACUGCAGCCCUUGUUUUGGUUUUCACAGGAAGGAACAGGCAAGUCAGGCUAAGCUCAGCGUUGGCCAGCGAGAAGUAACAGUUCAGAAAGGACCGCUAUUCAGAGCUGAAGGUUACCCCAUCAGCAUCGGCUGCAACGUAACUGGCCACCAAGGACCUUCUGAGCAGCAUUUCCAAUGGUCUGUUUACCUGCCGACAGCCCCGACACAAGAAAUCCAGAUCAUUAGCACCAUGGAUGACACCUUCUCUUAUGUAGUGUAUGCAGAGCGAGUAAAAAGUAGGGAAAUCUACGUGGAGAGGGUCCAGGGUAACUCAGUCUUUUUGCACAUUUCCAAGCUCCAGAUGAAGGAUACUGGCGAGUAUGAGUGUUUCACACCCAACACUGAUGAAAGAUACUACGGGACCUACAGUGCGAAGACUACUCUUACUGUUAUUCCAGAUACCCUCUCGGUGGCCAUGGCUCCCCAGACUCUAAACAAGGAGGAAGGUGAGCGGUUGGAACUUACCUGUGAGGCAUCCAAAGCCACAGCUCAACACACCCACCUCUCCAUCACCUGGUACCUGAUGAAGGAUGGAGAAGGAAGCCAAGCCAGCAAGAUUAUUUCCCUCUCCAAAGAUUUUACGUUGCUCCCUGGGCCCUUGUUUACAGAGAGGUUUGCAGCUGGUGAUGUGCGACUCGACAAGCUUGGGGUCACUACCUUCAGGCUGUCCAUGGGGAGGCUCCAGCCCUCAGACCAAGGUCAGCUGUUCUGUGAGGCAACUGAAUGGAUUCAGGAUCCUGAUGAAACCUGGACUUCCAUCACGAAAAAGCAGACAGAUCAUACAACCCUCAGGGUCCAGCCGGCAGUGAGAGAUUUUCAAGUCAACAUUAGAGCUGAGAGCACGGUACAUGAAGGAAAAUCCUUAGAACUGGUUUGCCUGGUCAUGGGUGGUGGCCAGGACCCACACCUUCAGGCCACUUGGUUCUUCAAUGAUGUUGAAACGGCCCACAUUGAUGCUGGCGGAGUUCUGGAUCUGAAGAAAGAUUACCAAGAAAGAGCAAGUCAAGGACAGCUCCAGGUUUCAAAGUUAAGCCCCAAGUCUUUCUCUCUCAAGAUCUUCUCUGUGGGCCCAGAGGAUGAAGGUGCAUACAGAUGUGCAGUGGCAGAGGUAACAAGAGCUCAGAUAGGCUCCUGGCAGGUGCUUCAGAACAAACAGUCACCAGACAGCUUUGUACACCUUUGGAAGCAAGCAGCAAGAAAUGUGGUCGUGUCUACCAAGAACCGGCAGCAAGCAGUGUGGGAAGGAGAGGUGUUAACCCUUCUCUGCAAGGCAGAUGGAACUGAGAAUCUCCUGACUGUGGCCUGGUGGCAUGUCCCACAAAACCAAACACAGCCGGUGUUUGUGGCUGGCAUGGAGCAGGAUGGCACCGUGAAGCUAGGUGCUUCAUAUGGGAAACUCGAUAACCUCAGAAAUGCAAGGCUGGAGAAAACAGACUGGGCCACCUUCCAACUUGAGAUCACCUCCACCACCAUCACACACAGUGGCAUGUACGAGUGCAGAGUGUCUGAGAGGACCCGGAGCCAGGCCAGAGAUCAGAGCUGGACUCAGAUGGUGUCGAUCACUGUAAAGCCCCUCAAGUCAAGUUUACAAGUUAGUCUGAUGAGCCGUCUACCACAAGUGAAAUUAACCAACACCUUUGACCUGUCCUGCAUAGUGAGGGUUGGCUACUCUGACCUCAGGGUUCCACUCACCGUGACAUGGCUGUUCCAGCCAGCCAGAUCUCGAGCCUUUGAUCUGCUUCUUCAAAUCACCCACAAUGGCACUAUUGAAUGGGGGAGCUGCCUACCCCAGUUCCAAAGGAAGACGAAGAUUUCACAGUCUCCAUUUCAUUCUCGGCUCCUAAUCCAUGAUGCCACCGAGGAAGAAGCAGGAGUUUAUCAGUGUAAAGUAGAAGUUUAUGACAGAAAUUCUCUGCACACAAACAGUCCUGUGAAGGCUUCUGCUACCUCUCACCCACUAAGGAUCAUUGUCACUUUACCAGAGAGCAAACUGAAGGUGAAUUCAAGCAGUCAAGUCCAAGAGAUCUCCAUCAACUCCAACACUGACAUAGAGUGUAGCAUCCUGUCCCAAUCCCCUGGAAACCUCCAGUUGGUCGUGACUUGGUACUUCUCCCCCAUUUCCACUGAUGCACCCUGGCUGAGGAUCCUGGAAGUGGACCAAAACCACAUAGUAAAAUAUGGGGAUGAAUUUCAGACCACACAGAGAAAACAGAAAUUCCACGCUGAGAAAGUUUCCCAAGACUUGUUUCAGCUACACAUUCUGAAUGUGGAAGACAGCGAUCAGGGCAAAUAUCGCUGUGCUGUGGAGGAAUGGCUCUGGUCUACAAAUGGCACGUGGCACAAGCUUGGAGAACAGACAUCAGGUCUCACAGAAUUGAAACUCAGGCCCACAGAAAGUAAGGUGCGCAUCUCCAAAGUGUCCCGGACAGAAAAUGCCUCCGAGCACAGUGAGGCGACCAUCUGCUGCAGCCUGGAGGGUGCCAUCAGCCCUGCCUCCCUGUUCUCUGUGAUGUGGUACCGGCAGAGAGAAGAUUCUGGAAGUAGGAUGUUGGUGCACCUGCAGCAUGAUGGCUUGCUGGAAUAUGGUGAAGAGGGGCUCAGGUGGCGCCUGCACUCUUACCGCUCAUCCGCUGCCGACUUUGUCCUGGCGCUACAGCGGGUGGAGAUGAAGGAUGCUGGAAAAUACUGGUGCAAGGUGGCGGAGUGGCGGCUCCACAGCAACCCAAGCAAGUGGGUCAGCCAAGCAUCAGACGAGUCACAGCCUGUGGUGCUCAGAGUGCUGCGGUCAGAGUCCACGUUUCCUUCCAGGAUCUGUUCGUCAGCACCUUUAGUCUAUUUCCUAUUCAUCUGCCCCUUCGUCAUACUCCUCUUUCUGCUCAUAUCCCUCCUUUGUCUGUACUGGAAGGCCAAGAAGUUGUCAACUCUGAGUCUAAGCGUGCAGAAAGAACAGAGCCUCUGGGUGAACUUGAAAGGGGCUGGAGGCUGGACCACAAGCAGGAUGGGAGACAACGAUGAUGAAGACAGUUGA